AACAUGUAAAAUAUUUUAUUCCAUAGAUUAACCUUUACCUUAUUGCUCUAAGAAUAAAAUCAUUGAUAAAAUAAAACGUGAAACUUAAUAACAUCCAUACAUUAAAAAUUUAUACUACAUCUAUAAAAAUAUUAUAAAAAAAUCGAUUAUGGAUAAUUCGUAAAAAAGGUUUUCAUAUUUUAUAUGGAACUAUCAUAUAUCAAGUAUUGCACGCAAAAAUAAAGUAAAAAUUUAAAUUAAAAAAAAACGAGAAUAAUAUCCUGCAGUAAAACUGCUGCAUGAUUACACACCAUAGCGUAUAAAAACAAGCAAUGAAUGCAGUUAGCAUCUAUGGUUCUACAGCAGAAUCAUUUACUCAAGCAGCCCUGAUUUCCGUGAUUGGUGUUGCAAUAAUUUUUUCAAACUUACUUAUAAUUGCAACUUACGCCAAUUUCAGAGGUCCAACAGAAGUAAUAAACUACUACCUUUUAUCUUUGGCGACAGCUGAUUUGCUAUGCGGAAUUUUAAUUGUGCCGUUUUCGAUAUAUCCAGCAUUAAAAGGAGGAGAAUGGACAUACGGCGAUAUCCUGUGUCGGUUCACAGGCUAUUUGGAAGUAACCUUGUGGUCAGUUUCAGUUUAUACGUUUAUGUGGAUUUCAGUUGAUCGGUAUUUAGCAGUUCGGAAACCGCUACGUUAUGAAACUGUGCAAACAAAAACCAGGUGCCAGUGUUGGAUGGCGUUUACUUGGAUUUCAGCUGCAAUGCUUUGUUGUCCGCCGCUCUUGGGUUAUAGUACACCCCUUUUUCAUAAAGAUUCAAUCGUUUGUAUGCUAGAUUGGGGUAAUAUGGCCGCUUACAGUGCCACUUUAGGCAUUUUGGUUCUAGGGCCUAGCGUUAUUUCCAUCGUGCAUAAUUAUAUUUACAUAUUUUAUAUGAUGCACAAACUAAGAUCGGGUGCUCCGAUCCAUGACAAGGAAUAUGCCACAGCUCUUGCAGAAAAUUUGUCUAAUCCAUCCCAUUUGAUGUCUUUUGCUUUGGUAUUCGCAUUCUGGGCAUCUUGGUUACCGUAUAUUUGUGUUCGAAUCUACGAAGGUGUCACUGGAUACAUUAUCGAAAAUUCUUUAAUCAAUUUUGCUGUUAUAUGGUUGGGUGUGUUAAACUCUUUUUGGAAAAUUGUUAUUAUGAUCUCCAUGUCUCCGCAAUUUCGUAUGGCACUAAGAGUAUUUUGUCUAACAAUAUGCUGCAAAACGAAGGGCCGCUUGCAAGCCGAAUUGAUAGGUUUAGAUCCCGACGACUGGAGCAGAUGAGUUAUCAAAAGAACUUUUACAUAUUUCUGAAAAAUCAUUAGAAAAAUAAAGUUGUUUUAAAUUUGUUUUUAAUUUCAAA